AUGCCGAAAUACACUGCCGAGAGGUUCUACAGUUCAUCAACAAAGGGCAAAACCUAUCUAACAAAGCCUCUUAUCGACUUGACUCUGCAGCCCGUGGCUAUUCUUGGAAGUAUUCCAGCUAGGUAUUAUACCUUACUACUAUCUAUGCUUAUAAUAUAUGCAGUGCUAUUAAAGAGAUCUAACCAAGUUCCCUUAUGUAGGGCUGUUCUACUUUUAGCCGCGAAUCUUGCAUCCUCAUUUGGAUGCUUACUACCAUGA